AUGCAGAUCUGCAAAGAUCUGCAUCAAGCAGUCGUUCUGUUUGCUGGAUGCUCGGAAGUUCAGGAGACCUUUGCAAACUGCGCAGACGGAUCGAUGGUUUACACACUAGUCCCAGCUGGUGGCAUGCUUCGCGUAGGUCAGGCGAUCCUGGCCGGCGGAAGCAUCGCAGAAACACAGACCGUACUUCUCCGAGUUGCCGACAUCUACAUUGCGUUUGCCGGAGGGCCUCAGGUCUCCGAGCAGGCAAAGAUCGUGUACUCUCGCGGGGCUUUUGUCAUUCCUUUGUGCAGCGGCCUCGGUGACUCUGACAUGUGUUUCCCUUCCUGCGUUCUGAAGAAGCCAGCGUUUGUCAGAGAGGAGCAUUGGGCCCUGCUGACGGCCAGAAAUCAACAGAAUCGAAAAGCUGUGGCAAAGGCUCUGAGUGGAGUCAUCACAAGCGCAUCCCAGCUGAGAAGGCAUCCGGAGAGUGGUCCAGGUUCCUACACUGGUCGUAAAGAGAAAAUGCGAGUUGAGCGACUCGCCUUGUCGACCUAUGCGAAGGGCACUCCCUGGCUCUCGCACUGCCUGGAUGGCAUCGGCAGACCGGCGCUGGAGAUGGCCGGCGAUGUCAUCUCUGUUGCUGGUCCACCAGUGUACAGCUUCUACUCUGGGCUCUUCACAAUCUACAAGGCUCUGCCUCGAGAUGCAGCCACCUGCCUGUGGGGUCUUGGGCAAUGUUUCUUCGGCGGCCACUAUACUGCCUUCUUCGCAGCAGCUGAAUCCUUCAAAAGUGCAGGUGGUGAUCAGAUGCUUGCGAGCCUCCAGGAUCUCCAGGUAGAUGCGGUUGCAGUCCUUCAAGCAAAUGCCAACAUGGAGAAGGAUCUAGGAAAACCCACGUCGGCCUGGGAAAAGGUCCAACUGGUACUCUGUACGGUUGAUCCACAGCGUAUCUCCGAUGCCCUGGGAAGCCUUUGGACGGGUUACAUGGGAUUGGUACUCGCUCUAAAGUACAAGUUUGCAAGGACAGUGGCCUUCGCUCAUUCAAUAGGGGAUCAUCUGCGACCGCUGGCUGCUAAAGUGCUAGCGCCUGCUGCUCUCGCAGUGACACCACCUGAGUACCGUCAAUGGAUUGAGCCGAGCAUCAACCUUGGCUGCAAGGCAAUUGCCACGGCUGCUGCUUGGAAGCUUCAACGUAUUCUCUCCUCCGUGCAAACGGGCAUUGCUGGUGGAUUGCUCGUCGGAAGGAGUGCUUGGUCGCUCCUGCUGCCUGCUCUCCAUCGCCGUGGAGUGGUUUCAAAACAGAGCGUGGAGGACUCCAUGGUGGACGAGCUCAUCGGCUGGAGCUUGGCUGCUUCAGGAAUAUACUACCAGAUUGUCCAAGGGGGUGGUGCUCCACUGUUCUUAUUGCCUCUGACGAUUGUCGACCUGGUUGCAGUGGUCCGUGGCCUGGCUCGCAGCGGAAUGAGAAAUUACUUUGCACAGGGAGCUCUGCUCUCUCAGGUUGCCAACAACUGGCAGACUGGGAUUUCCGUGGCUACUCCCCGCUACCCUGCGAUGUUCAGGAAUCGAUUCGAAAAUUUCUGCGACUGGACCGGAAAGUUGCUCGAUGCUUUGAUACUGUUGCAGCUGGGUGAAACGAUUGCACGCAAACGUUCCUGCCGUGAAGUCGACGCAGAGGCUGCUCACAUCACGGCUGCCUUGGAAUUGAAGCCCGAUGCGGCGGUAGGGAAGCAGCAGGACGUACCAGUAGAGACGAGGGAUCUUGACCUAGAGAUGGAGGGACAACCUGAGUGCGAUGACACACGCGAAGGGGUUGCCUGUGCUGACGGAGCGCGGCAGACGACGCAGGAUGAUCAUGAAACCGAUCAUGAAACAGUCGAAGAGAUUGAACCAGAUGCUCAAAGCGGCCCGGAGGUCCCUGAGCCCAGAGCCGGCAGCGCGCCGGUGGGAUGGAGCCAGGCAUCUUUGCAGGGAAAGCAAGUGGUGCAACCGCCGGCAGACCGGCAAAGCGUUCCAAAGUGGAUGCCAACGCUGAGGCAUUUGCAGACAGCAGAUGGCAAAAGGCCCCCGCUCAGGCAAAGGAGGGGCGACCUCCAGUGA